CAAACAAGUGAAUCUCAAUCUGAAUCAAAUUUAUUUAUAACUAAUCAACAAUGUUGUCGGAGUGGCAGUCUGUGUGUGUGUGUGUGCGUGUGUGUCUGCGCGUCUGUGAGUGCCGAAAUUCCCGCGAAUAUAUGCGUUGGCUGCCAAAGUGAUAGCCAAAUGCAAAUUUAGGCACUGCCCAAGAACCCAACAGUCCGCAUCCCAUUUAAAUCUAGAAAUCCCGAACCAACUGACAUGGAGGCGGAUCUCGAAAAGGUGCCACGCCUUGGAUGGCGGCACUUGCAGGCGGCGCUGCUCUUCAUUGGACUGGCGGCCAACACAAUUCUUCAGCUGAAUGUGGGCGUGACUGUGGUGGCGAUGACCAAUGCCACAUCGAUCAAUGAGGACACGCCCUACUACAACUGGACGGAGUCGGAGAAGUCCUACAUCCUGUCCAGCUUCUAUUGGGGCUCCACGCUGGCUCAGUUCCCCGCCGGCUACCUGUGCAAGCGCUUCGGCUCGAAGGCCGUACUCUUCCUGGGCACCCUGGGCUCGGCCCUGCUCAGUGCGGCGACACCGCACAGCAUCUAUGCGGCGGGCUGGCAGGCCUUCUGCCUGAUCCGUCUGCUCCAGGGCCUGUGCCAGGUGACAUGGCCCUGCAUCCACCAGCAUUUGGCCAACUGGGCGCCGGAGGUGGAACGAACGCGCCUGGGUGCCUUCGCCUACACGGGCUUCGACUGUGGCAAUGUGCUGGCCAUGUAUGCGGCAGGGACGAUAGCCAGCUCGCCGCUGGGCUGGCCGGGCAUCAGCUAUGCCUCCGCGGGUCUGGCGCUCUGCUGGUGCCUGCUGUGGCUGCUGCUGGGCGCCAAUCGGGCCAGCGAGGCUCGCUUUAUUGGCCAGGCCGAAAAGGAAUACAUCAUGGGUGAUCUGCAGAUGCAGUUGAGCUCCAAGAAGAGAGAGCGCCGGAGAGCCAUACCCUGGCGUGGCAUCUUCACAUCGGCGCCGUUCUAUGCGCUGCUGUGCGCCCGCUGUGCGGACACUUGGGGACUGGCCACCAUGCAGGCCGAGCUGCCGGCGUAUCUGAAGGGAGUGCUCCAAUUGCAGAUGGAUAGCAAUGCGGUGUUCUCGGCACUGCCCUUCCUGCUGAUGUGGGCCAUGUGCUAUGUGUAUUUGAUCGUGGCCGACACCCUGCUGCAGUACAAGUGCCUCAGUCUGACAGCGCUGCGGAAGACAUACAACAGCAUUGCGCUGUGGGCGCCCGCCUCCAUAAUGCUGGCCGUGGGCUUUGUGGGCGUGGAGCAAAAGUCGCUGGCCCUAUUCCUCGUCACGCUGAGCGUGGGCGUUAGCAGUGCGGCGACAAUUGGCAGCGAACUGAAUACGAUUGACCUGUCGCCGAAUCAUGCCGGCAUCCUCUCCGGCAUACUGAGCACCUUCACCAACCUGGUGGCCCUGUGCACACCGCUCGUUGUGGGCGUACUGGUGACGGAUGCAACGCAGCGCAGCGAAUGGCAGCUGGUCUUCAGCCUGGCGGCUGUCGUCCUUUUUGCUGGCAAUGUGAUCUAUUUGAUUUGGGGCACUGCCGUGACCCAGCCAUGGAACGAGCCGCAGGAGCAGCAGCAGCUGCAUCUACAGGAGGAUGGGGAGGAGGAGGAGGAGCAGAAGCCCUUCAAGACUGCCCGACUGGAGAUACAAGGAGCAGCAGCAGCAGCAGCAGCAGCAGAAGCAGAAGAAGUUGUAGGAUUAGGAUUGCAUUGUAAAAACCCAUGAAAAGAUUUAUUUUCAUUUUGAGCUUUA